AUGGGGAAGGAACCUGUGAGUGCGUUCAAGGCCAUAGAUAAGUACUCGGACUUCAAGUACAUCGCCAAGUUCGGUUCGAGGAAUCUAUCUAUGUCAGGGAAGAUGAUCCACACAAUUCUGACCAAGACCCUGGAAACCAAGAAAGAAAAGGAGCUGUGGUUUCAUUUUGGUGGACAUCCUAUGAGGUUCUCUAUAAGAGAAUUCCAUAUGAUCACGGGGCUGAAAUGCACCGAAUGGUUGCCUGCUAUUGAGAAAGAGGCAAACCACUAUGAUUGGUCUCGAUUGGAGGAUGGACAUUCACCUGACGACCUAAUAGAACUCAUGGUCGAAGCCGGUGAGGAUGCUCAUGAUGAGAGGUUUUCUUUGGCUAUGGUGCUGCUCAUAGAGACAAUUUUUCUUUAUAGGUAUUCGAAAGCUAUGUUCCCAACAUCCAAUCUAGAAAAAGCGCAACACAUGGAUGUAUUGCUGAAUCAUCACUGGGGGAUAGAUGCUUAUGAAAUGCUGUUAAAAUCAGUGAAGAAGACAGUGGAGAACAAUCUAGUAAAGUCCAAGUACCCUCAGGACGGGUUCCCUGUUGCGCUUCACCUAUGGAUCUUGGAAUCUGUACUCAAGCUUCAGUCGGCUUUCUCUACCAUUGACAAAACAGUCCCGCCCACAGCUUUUUUGUGUGUGAAAUACCUUCACACAACAUCUCCUCCUAUCAAAACUGUUUUGAGCAUAGACGGCGAAAGUGAUAUGGAUGCCGUACACAUCCUUCCGAAAAUACAUGGUGACCUUGAAGACACUGUGUUUUUGCAAGACAAGGACGAUGAAGAUCUGCAUUCGCUUGUGGAUCUGUUGGAGAAGGGUUUCAGGCUGACACAUGAUCACUGGAAAAGAAAGAUUGUGAAGAGAGACGAUGCAUUGCAAUAUAUUGCAUCGCAGUCAUAUCGCUAUCCUCAUUCAGAAAGAGCAAGACAAAACUCCAGACCACCUUCUUCAGACGAGUCAGUAAAGGCGAAGCAAGACCAACUCAAGAAGAUAUUCAUAGAUGGACAGAUACAUAUCCAUUCUCGGUUAUCAAAGAUCGAGCAAAAGCUUGGCAUAUAUGAUCCUUCAGAUUCCAUUAAUGAGGAGGAUAUAUCUGAUCACGUCUCGCCUCCUGUGCACCAAGGAACUGGUGUAUUCCCAAUGGAGGUAGGACCUUCGAGAACAAAGAUUGUCAAUAGAAGUGGUGUGGUUGAAACAACCAAAGAAACUGAUAAGACAACUACGAGUAGCAAAGAACAGGAGGAAGCCCAAACACAGAUGGAAAAGGAUGAGAGGAUCCAACCAAUGGAGGAGCAACAAACUGUACAAACCCCGCCCGUGAUAUCGACAUCCACGGAGACGGUUGGAGGCAAUGAACCCACGGAGAUGGCCAAUGAUGAUGGGAGCCAAGAAAAGGACGAAACAACAGUACAAACCCCGCCCCUGGUUGAAUCCACGGAGACGGUUGCAGAUGCGGGGCAAACAGAAACUGACAUUGAUGAUGGGAGCCAAGAAAAGGAUGAAACUACAGUGGUUUCCGCACUUGUCGGUCGUAGCGUUUCUCCUAUAAAGGGAAUUAGAGGCAUGAGACCUAAAACAUACUUGACGGAAGGUUCUUUAGUCGAAGUAUCGUGUGAAGAUAACAGGUGGUUCCCUGCUUCGGUUAUAAAUAGACAGCCUGCUCUAGGUCCCAUCCGCAUCUAUUAUUUGAGGUACUUGAGUAUUGAUAAGUAUGAGAAUGUCCAAGAGAUGCGGAUCCGUCCUACUCCGCCUCAGCUGCUUCAGGAAGAACAUGUCGCCAAAGUUUUAGAGGCUGGGCAAGUCAGUGAGGUUUACCACAAUGAGCACUGGUUCAGAGGGGACACGAGGAUUUUUAGACAAUGGGUGGAUGAGGCGUGGGAUCCUUCUGUGGAUGUGGCUAUCCAGGAAGACGCAGUGACGCCUGCUUCGCCCACCACAGUAGAAGACAUUGCGAAGGGUAAACCGGAGAAGGAGAAAGUGGAGAAGGCGAAAUCCAAGGAGGAGAAAGGGAAGAAGGCGAAAUCCAAGGAGUAG